GAUUUGUAGAAACAUGCAAGAAACAUGGACGAGAAUUACGUCUGUGCCCUUUGAAGACGGUUACGGUUGGCGAAAAUAUGGGCAAAAAGAGAUCCUCAAUGCCAAACAUCUAAGGUGCUACUUCAGAUGCACCAACAGAUUUGAUCAAGGUUGUCAAGCAACCAAACAAGUUCAAAGAACAGAAGAUGAGAAACCAACAUUCUGGAACAAAUACAUAGGCCACAAUACUUGCCAAGAUAUCCUCAAGGCCUCAUUGGGCAUGGAUUCUACAGCUGAUGAAAAGGGUUUUCUACUCAACUUUGAAUCAAACACCACAACCAAACAAGACCCUCUUUUCUUCUUAUCCUUCCCCUCAACCAAGGAAGAACACAAGAAAUCCUGCAGUCCCUCAAUAGAACAACAAGAAUACAACCCAUCCUCAAGAGGCAGCAGCAGCUCUUCCAGCAGCUUCGACAUGGAUAUAGAUCUGAUGGAUUCUGUUUAUCUCAAUGAUGUAUUCUAUGAUGAAGAUAUAUUUUAG